AUGGACACCAUUUACGACAAAAUUUCAGAGAUGGAGAUCAAUGUGGAAAACAAGCAGGAAUCCGUGCAAUUUGAAUUGGAAAAUUUGAAGGAUCAAGUUUCAAGUAUUCAGGAGAUUCUCUUUAGAAUUGAAAAGAAGAUCCUUAUGCCGUAUUUCGAUACCAUCGGCACGAGAUACUUUUAUGUCAACAAAGAUUUUAAGGCAAACUGGAAUAAAGCUCAAAAAUAUUGCCGUAAAAUAGGUGGUUAUCUUGCCACUUUUCAAAAUGCAGAGGAGUAUUACGCCAUUCAAUCAAAAAUUUUAUAUCGAACCGAAUUUUACUGGCUUGGAAUCAGAGACUUCAAGAAUGAUGACCACUUCGUAUCGGUGACAACUGGUAAGCCGGCUCCCUAUAUAAAGUGGGGUCUUCAUCAGCCCGGCGACGAAGGAAAUUCGGACUGCGUUGAGACAUACGAUGCCAAAAUGCAUGAUCGGGAUUGUGAGGACAGAGGCUAUUUUAUUUGCCAGGCAGACAGUGAAAUUUAA